AUGCGCCUCCUUCUUCUGCUCUGCCUUCUUGCGGGGCUCGCGAUCGCCGAGAGCGGCACCACUCUCAAGGGCCACACCCUCGGCUCGGACUCGGUCGUGCACGCCAGCAUCGACCUCGACGGGCACUCGACGGAGGCGGCGCGCUCGGCGCCACCUGGCUUUGAGACGGUUGGGAGCACCUCCCAGCCAGCGUGCGGCGCCAGCCGCAACAUGCUGGGCGUCCCGACCGACGUCCAGCGCAAGAUCGACAACCGCGGCAGCCUCGGCGGGCCGCGCAAGACCUGUUCCGCCUUUGACGGCUGCCGCGGCGGCGGCGACUACGCGGAGAAGAUGGUGAGUGUCGAACUCGCCGGCGCCGGCGCGGCCGGAUCGAGCGCACAUCACGUGCCGAACGCCUCUGCGUCGCUCGGCGAGGACGCGUGCGCGGAGGCGGCCAAGAGGAAGAAGUGCGUCAUGAACGAGUGCGCGUGCGCGACCAGCGAGUCUUGGGACGCCUCAGGCACCUGCGGUGCCGACGGCGGCGAGACAUUGGGGCAGUCACGGCCGACAAUCGAGAUCGCGCAGGGCGAGAAGCUGCUCCAGGCCGGCGCGCGCGGCUUCGUGCGCGCCAUCGUCGACAAGAUCAGCACCUUAGUGGCGGUGACGCAGCAGGGCCCGCUACGCUCUGAGCGCAUGGCUUGCGCGGACCUGUCGCAGAUGAACGCGGCGGAGGGCGCCGUCCUGACGGCGGCCGUGCUGCCCUUCGCCCACGAGUACGGCGCGGCGGCGGCCGCGACCACCAGCGGCCCCAUCGCGGGCGACACGGAUCACGGCCGGUUCGACCUCAGCCAGUGGCUCAGCGGCGGCUGCGCCGGCGGCGGUUGCGGCGGUGGCUAUGGCGGCUCCGGCGGCGGCAGCGGCGGCUCUGGCGGCGGCGGCGCAAGCAGCCGGCAGGCGACGGAGGCGGCGCUCUCGACAGCGCGCCGCACCCAGCGCUCGCUCCAGAGCGCUGGCACGCACGGCGCGAUCAUCGGACGAAAGGGGCGGACGGUGCAGACCUUUGUGCACCCCUCGAGCGCGUCCGAGCUCAUUGGCGCUGAGACCGCCCCUUCAACGGCCGCUGUCGAGGCGAACCUCGCCGUCGGCGGGGCUGAAGUCAUCGGCGAAGAGCACGGCCUCGCCGCACAGCUCCACGCGGGCAAGGGGCGCGUCGGCACCGGCGGUGGGAGUGGCUCCUCCCCACCCGGCCUCCUACUGGGCAGUACGUCCAGUCCCGGCGCUGACAGCGACGUGGUCAUCGACCCUUCGUCGGGCGUGACCGCGACUGUCCGCGCGAGCGCCAUGGCGCACCCCACUGGCACGCGGGCGGCGGCGGCCCGUGCGGCGUCCGCCGUGCAGGGCAGCAACACGAGUCGGCUUGCGUCUCCCAAGGCGCUUCCCUCUGGCAAGUUGCCAGACGCGGCAGAGCCCAUCCUCCCCUGCCGCGCCGACGACGGCGAGGCGCUGGGCACGUCGUGGGCCACCGGGCAGCAGCAGCUUCGGCCUACGCAGGGCGAGAAGCUGCUCCAGACCGGCGCGCGCGGCUUCGUGCGCGCCAUCGUCGACAAGAUCAGCACCUUAGUGACGGUGACGCAGCAGGGCCCGCUGCGCUCUGAGCGCAUGUUGGAAGGACUGCUGGAAGACGUCAAAGAGGCGGUGGGCGAGCCGUUGCGCGUGCUUGGCGAGCCGCCGGCGUCCGUCAAGGACGUUUACGAGAAGCAGCCGGCGAGCGCCCCUCGGCUGUUUCUGUGUGCGAGCCUUAGUAGCCCGCGCAUGACGGAUUGCCUGUGUGUUUGCGUGCAGGGCGAUGCCGAGUUCGGCUCUACGAUCAGUCCCGUCUACAGCAGCAGGACGGAGAGCAUCGCUCGGGGACGCGAAAACGUCCUGCCAAUGAACGACACGUCGCCCGAGUUGCGGCCCGCCGACGCUGGGAAGCCCGAGAAGCUGGUUGAGACUGGGCUCGGCGCGCCCGUCUCUAGCAUGCACGCCGGCGGCGAGUGGCGGGCGAACGACGGAUUGGCGGACGUUUCUCGAGUCCCAACCAAGGAUCGCUUCCUCCAGCUUGGCCGGGCCGUCGACCCUCUUCUCGCGGCCACGCUUGAGGAGCCGGCGUGGCCUGCAGAGGUCCGCGCCGCUCAGAUCGCCGAUUCGAACGCGGUCGAGUCUAUCUUCUCGGUCUUAAGUGUGUGCGCCUACUGGCAGCCACGCUGCGCCGCGCCGGCGUGGCAGGUGGAGCCUCGUCACGCGCUCAUCGACGAGCUCUACAAGACCGACAAGCCUCCCGCGGGCCCGCCGGCCGACGAGCUCUCCAUCGGCAAGCCCUCCCCGUUCCACUUUCCCUUCACAAGCGGACCCUCCUCUUCCGCGCUUGGCCGCACCCAGCAGCGCGGUCAGCUUUGGGCCGCCUUAUUCUUGCUGCUCGGAGCAUGCGGGCUGCUCUCGGUCACAAACUGCGGAAGCUACCACGUCUUCUACCUCCAGCCCGCGACGACAUGUAGCCUGGGCUACUGCUGGGCGAAUCCUCCUCCGCCGCCGCCGCCGUCUCCGCCCACUUCGCCCGCUCCGCCGUCUCUUCCGCCGUCGCCCCCGCUGCUGCCUCCCGCUUCGCCGUCGCCGCCCCCUUUCUCUCCGCCGCCGCCGCCGCCCUCUCCGCCGCCUCUUUUACCCGACAUGGUGCAGCUGAGCUGUGAUUUCGAGGUCGACGCUUGCGUCUGGAACAACACCGCGCCGGACGGGUACUUUUGGACGCGCUCGAGCGGCGGCACGCCAUCGUCCGACACAGGCCCGAGCGGCGACCACACCACUGGCUCGGGCUACUACCUCUUCACCGAGGGCUCUGGGAUCAACAACAAGCUGCACCAGCUCGAGAGCCCGCUCUUCUCGCUCCAGCAGGACGCCACCCUCUCCUUCGCUUACCACAUGUACGGCUCGAGCAUGGGCACCCUCUACUUCGAGGCAAACAACAACGAGACGGGCUGGUCGACACUCUGGAGCAAGACCGGCGACCAGGGCGACGCCUGGCUCGACGCGGCGGUCGUCCUGCCCGCCUCCACGACACAGGUGCGUUUCAACGGCCGGACGGGGCCGAGCUUCCGCUCGGACAUGGCGCUGGACGACGUCUCCUUCUCGCAGCUUGUGCCUCCGUCGCCGCCGCCGUACCCUCCGGCCAAGGCGCCGGUCCCGCCGCCGCCGCCGCCGCCGUCCCUUCCGCCGCCAUCCCCGUCGCCGCUGCCGCCGCCGCCGCCGUCUCCUUCACUCCCGCCAACACCGCCGCCGCCGCCCUCUCCGCCGCUGCCUCCUCCACUACCGCCAUCACCGCCGUCUCUGCCACCAGCACCGCCGCCAACCUACGCCGCGAGCACCUUCACCGAGCUACGCGACACGGUGAACAACCAAACCGGCAGGCCUGGCGCCCUCGUCGUCGAGCUGCCAGAGGGAGCCCGCCUCGAGUGGGCCGUCUGCUCGCAGCUGCGCGUGCACGUCGCGCACAUGAUGCUGCGGAGCGUGGGCGCCGGCGCAACCCUCGACGCCAGGAACUGCUCCCGCCACUUUGACGUCGCCUUUGGCGGCACGCUCGAGCUCGAGCGCGUGCACCUCGUCAACGGCGGUGCGCAGGCGAGUGGCGGGGCGGUCAAGGUCAAGAUCCUCUUCGGCUUCUACCAGAUUUGCACCGUCUUGUCGUCUACCUACUCCGCGCGGCUGCCGGACAAGUACACGAGCUGGACGGACCAGCUGGCCAACGUGAUCUCCAUCGACUGGUCAGGCGUCUUCCUGCCGAAGCAAUGCCUUGACUACGACUUGCGGCUCCUCGCCAUCGCUCUCUCCCCCGUCGCCCUCAUCGCGCUGCUAAUGAUCGCGGGAAUAAGUCUGCGGCUCCACCGCUGGCGUGCUGCCUCUGCGCCGCGCGCGAGGCCGUGGUACGCGGAGGCGGCCCUCGGCCUCCUCGACCUCACGCCGGCCGGCCUCGUGCUCGUCUUCUGCUUCGCCUACACCGUCUCUCCGCCAAACGAGCCCCUGCGGCAGGUCUCCUACAUGCGGCAGGACGCGAGCGUCGAGUGCGGCUCCGACGAUCACGGACCCAUCACCGACCUCGCCAUCGGCUUCAUCGUCCUCUGGCCCGCCGGCUCGCUGGUCCUCUUCACGUCGCUCCUCGCCGCUUGCUACAAGCCGCUGCAGGCCAAGACGCCGAAUGCUCUGACGCGGGCCACCGCCUUCCUCCACCGGGAGUACGAGAAGACCUGGUACUGGUGGGAGGCGGUCGAGCUGGCGCGCAAGCUCGUGCUGACUGGCUUCGUGCUGCUGAUACCGGAGGAGCGAGCCUUUGUUCGCCUCGUGGUGGCGACCCUGAUCUGCUCCUGCUACGCCGUCGCACUCGCCGUCGUUCGGCCGUACAAGCGGGUCGAGGACAACGUGGUCGCCGUCGCCACGAGCCUCGUGCUCCUCCUGCUCUUCCUCGGCACCAACUGGAGCACCAUCUUCCUCGGCAUCGAGGAGCGGUAUCAAGGAGCCGACCCCGCCGAUGUCCUCGGCUUUGGCCAGCUCAAUGUGAUCGUCGACUCGAUGAUCAUCCUCGUUGCAGUCGUGCUCGCCUUCUUCCUCGUCGGCGCCAUCGCCGCCGCCCGCCGCGUCGCCAAGAUCCCCACGAUCCGACUCGCUUCGACCAAGCAACCUCCCGAGCUGAGCAUCGUGAUGGGCCUCACGUGGCACCUCUUCAACAGCCACAUCUGGUCGACCGGUCAGGACGCCGUCAAGGUAGAUGAUCUAAAAGACAUCGGGGCGCUCGAGGAGUACAUCCAACGCUCGCAAGUGAUGCUCUUCUUCCUCUCGAGGGGCUACUUCCGCUCCAAGAACUGCCUCCGCGAGAUCCGCUCGUCGCUCGAGAAGGACAAGCCGCUCGUCCUCGUCCAAGAAGCGGACCCUGACAAGGGCGGCGGGACGCUGCAGGCGCUGCGCGCCGAGUGCCCCGAGGAGCUGCAGCCGGCCAUCUUUGACAAGGACUGGCCGCUCACGAUCUGGUAUCGCAUCGAUGAGUUUCAGCUCAUCUCGCUCAAGAUCAUCGCCGAGGCGCCGCCGGCCACAGCCAGCCGCUCCGCAGCUGUGCUCCUCUGCUCGCCCAACUAUCUGAGCAAGACCUCUCUCCCGCUCUGCGUGUCGGGCGAGCCCGAGAGCCAGUCGCUCGCCUUUUUCAAACCGUGCACGCUCUGGGCCUCGCCGGCCAACGCGGGGGCACUGGACCUGGCCAACGAGAUCGCUGCCGCCUUUGCCGGCCUCACGAUCGCCACCGCCGAUGCUCGGCCGGCCACCGCGACGCACAUGCUGCUCUACCUCAACAAGGACAGCUUCGUCAGCGACGAGCGGCUGGCCGAGCAGGUCAAGCAGGCGCGCGAGGACAGGCUGAAGAUCGUCACUGCGCACGAGAACGACCCGGACCUCGGCGGCUGCCAGUUCUCGAAGCUUUUCGAAACCACGCCGCAGGUGUCGCUCGUGCUUUUGGCAAAGAGCCUCGGCGCGACCCCCGCUCGGUCGCGGGCGGACCAACUCGUUUCGGGCAGCAUCGCCGAGCGCGGCAGCCUCGUGGUGAAGCGCAGCCUUGGCGGCCUCAGCCGCGUGUUCGCCAAGACGAGCAGCCGCAGCUCUGCGGAGGCUUCGGUGCGCGAUGUCUCUGGAGGCGAGGCGUCAUCAUCGGCAUCGGUGCCGGUGCAGCAGCAGGUCUGA